AUGAAUGCAGUUAAACAACUAACUCCGCUGCUCAACCGCGUAUUAAUAAUGAAGAUGGAAGCACCAAAAGUGACUUCUGGGGGCAUCAUGUUACCAGAAAUCAAGCAGAAAGAACAGUACAGAACUGGAAAAAUUCUUGCUGUUGGAACAGGAAUUACAAACAACGAGGGCAACUUCAUCCCCAUGUGCCUGAAACCUGGGGACGACGUGCUUUUCCCGAAUAUUGGCGGUAUGAAAAUAAAAUGCGAUGGAAAGGAGUGCUACUUGCACAAGGACAAUGAAAUUUUAGCUGUCGUUUAA